AUGGCCCUGCAGACGGACACGCCGCCGCUGUUGUAUGCUGAAGAUCCAGAGUGGGCGGAUGUCGUCCCCGUUCCGCAGUAUGAGAACGUGAACCCUCUGGCGCCGAUAUUUUAUACUGCUGAAUACAAGGAUGCGACGGACUACUUCCGCGCGGUCGUCAAGGCUGGCGAGAUGAGCCCACGCGUGCUCGCGCUGACCGAGAAGAUAAUCAAGAUGAACCCCGCGCACUACACCGCAUGGCAGUACCGCUACAAGACCCUCCUCGCCACGGGCGCGAGCUUCGAGGACGAGCUGCGCCUCAUGGACGUCUUCUGCAUCAAGUUCCUCAAGACGUACCAAGUCUGGCACCACCGCCGCCUGCUGGUCACGCACCUCGUCCCCGCGCCGCCCUCCUCCCCGCUCCACCUCGUGCAGCUCCAGGAGGAGCUCGACUUCAUCGCGCGCUGCCUGAACGUCGACACGAAGAACUACCACACGUGGAGCUACCGCCAGUGGCUGCUCGCGUACUUCAACGCGGACGCGCUCUGGCGCGGGGAGACGAAGUGGGUGGAGCGGAUGCUCGCGGAGGACGUGCGGAACAACUCGGCGUGGCAUCAUCGGUUCUUCGUCGUGUUCGGCUCGGGCGUGCGCGCGGACGAGGAGGAUAGGGAGGGCGUCGUGCGGCGCGAGGUCGCGUACACGAAACAGAAGCUCUCCCUCGCGCCGAACAACGCCUCCGCGUGGAACUACCUCCGCGGCGUGCUAGACCACAACCGCGUCCCGUACUCCUCCCUCACCUCCUUCGUCCAGCCGUACACCGUCCCCCGCGCCGAGGACGCAGAGGCGGAGGACGUCCUGGACCUCGAGGACCCGCUGCCGAGCAAGGGCGCGGAGCUGCCGUGCGUGGGCGCGAUCGAGUUCCUCGCGGAUGUGUACGAGCAGGAAGGGAGUGGGGAGGGCGUGCGGAAGGCUACGGAGCUAUGGAAGAGCCUGGCGAACGAGUACGAUACGAUCCGGAAAAAGUACUGGGAGUAUCGGAUCAGGGAAGCGUUGGCUGGGCAGACAUCUUGAGUUGUGUAGGCGGCGGAAUCUUGAAAGGCAGUCUUAAGGCAGCAUGUAUUUGUAUCUCUUAUCAUAUAUCUUUGUUGCAAUUCAUCGUGAAAGUUGACGCGACUUAAGACCGUAGCGACGAAAAAGCACAUCGCUGUUACAGUAUUUCUGCGGCCGUAUAUUCCUACACACAUUAAUACCUUCUUUCCUCCUUUUCUCCCAUACGUACCCUCACUGCGGCCGAUCCGUCAACGGGACAUACAUAACAUCAAUCAACUCCGUCUCCGUCACCGCGCCCGUCUCAUCCUUAUCCACCUGCACGAUCUUCUGCUCGCUCGUGCCCACGGGUAUGAACAUCCGCCCGGGCGCCUUCAGCUGCU